CACACGGCCAAGCAAACACAGAGCAGAGCAGCACCAUGCAGAACACCAUGACGACGAUGAGGGCAGAGCCACCAACAUGGCAGUCAGUCAUGGCAGUAAUUCGGGCAGCCAGGCCUAGCUUCCGUAACGUCUACGACAAGCUCGCCUUCACCGUUCACUCUACUUUUUUCGCCUCCGGUUUUGUCCUCCGCGCCACCGGUCCGGAUGCUGUUUCCAUGUACCACAUCCAUGCUAUCCAUCCCGCCAAUGGCCACUUCGAAGCUGGAAUUGACAAGUGGAACCAACUCGAUGCUAAUUACGCUUUCGUUUAUGCAACUAAAUCCGAUGUGUCGGAAAUCGUAGUAAAGUGUUUUGCAUUGGAUGGUAAAUUGCAUAUUGAUGCCCUAAGGGAAGGAUUCCAUCUAAACCCUGAUGCCAUUGCCCGGAUGGAGAUCAACGUGGCGGAUUAUUUUCCGGAUGAGAUUAAUGGAGGAAAAUAUGCUGCCAACAAUAGUAAUAAUAAAUAUAAUUACGGUUCAAUGAUCUCGGAGGAGGAUUUCGGGGAUUUGGUGUUUGAUAUUUAUUAUGAAGUUGUGGCGAAGUUCAAUAGUCCUCCUCCUCCAACACCUAAUAAUCUACGUAUGCCUCCUCCUCCUUCUCCUCGUACACUGUGGAAUCCACCUAGUAUUAUUAAUUCAGCUAUGCCGCCUCCUCAUCAUCAUCGGCGUUUACGGAGUCAUUCUCAUUCAGCUACUCCUCCUCAUCCAAGUCCUCGGCGUUUUCCUCCUCACGAUCACCUCCGGGGGUGA